AUGGCGGCGAAACGAUCGAUCAGUGUUUUAGGGCGGAAUGUCCUGGCUCAGAGAGGCGUAACGGCUGCAACCCAAUCAUCCCUCUGCUCGAGAUGCCAGCAAAGAUGGAGCUCAGUAUCGCAGAAACCUGGGUCUGACAGAGUCCACUUCCCCGGCGCCGUGAACAGUCGCUUCACUACCAACCUCGACUUCGCUCGAGCCACCGAAGAAGAUGCCAUGCCUACGUACCGUGUGCUGGAUCAAGAAGGCCAAGUCAUAGACCAAAACCACGCCCCAGAUAUUAGUGAUGAGGAGGCAAUCAGACUAUACAAAGCCAUGGUCAGUGUGUCCAUCAUGGACCUCAUCAUGUUCGACGCCCAGAGGCAAGGUCGUAUAAGUUUCUACAUGGUCUCGGCUGGAGAAGAAGGUAUCGCAGUCGGCAGUGCCAGCUCUCUGAACCCCAAGGAUCCUAUAUUUGCACAGUACCGCGAGACAGGUAUCUUCCAGUAUCGCGGCUUCACGUUGGACGAUUUUAUGGCGCAGUUGUUCGCAACGAAGGACGACACUGGUCUUGCGAGGAAUAUGCCCGUCCAUUAUGGCAGUAAGAAGUACCACGUACAUACGAUUAGCAGUCCACUGGCAACACAGAUCCCUCACGCCUCUGGAGCGGCGUAUGCGGUGAAAAUGCAGAACCAGCAGAAUCCCACAGAGGAUCCCAGAGUCGUAGCAUGCUACUUUGGCGAAGGAGCUGCUUCAGAAGGAGACUUCCACGCAGCCUUAAACAUCGCCGCAACGCGAGCCUGCCCCGUCCUCUUCAUCUGCCGCAACAACGGCUACGCAAUCAGCACCCCCACGCUGGAACAAUACCGCGGCGACGGCAUCGCCUCCCGAGGCGUAGGCUACGGCAUCGACACCAUCCGCGUCGACGGCAACGACAUCCUCGCCGUCCGCGAAGUGACCAAACGCGCCCGAGACCUCGCCCUCACCGACGGCGGCCGCCCCGUGCUCAUCGAAGCCAUGAGCUACCGCGUCUCGCACCACAGCACCUCGGACGACUCCUUCGCCUACCGCGCCAAAGUCGAAGUCGAGGACUGGAAACGCCGCGACAACCCCAUCACGCGCCUGCGCAAAUGGAUGGAAGGCAAGAAGAUCUGGGACGAGGGCAAGGAGAAGGAGUUGAGGGCCGAUACGCGGAAGGCGGUGCUGGACGCGUAUCGCAAGGCGGAGAAGGAGAAGAAACCGCCUGUUGGGGCGAGUAUGGCGGAUGUUUAUGCGCAGCCGACGGAGGAGCAGAGGGAGCAGAUGAGGCAGAUGAGGAGGAUUGUCGAGAUGUAUCCGGAUGAGUAUGAUUUGAGUGAAUUCGAGGGCGGCGUGGAAGGGAUAACGUUGGAUUUUAAGAAGAGGUAG